GUUCUUUCCCCAAAUCGACACCUUCCCCUGGAUCCUCCACAUGAACACUUUCGUUGGUGAAGCUGAUGGAGCCUACGAUUAAAUUAGCGAAAUCUUGCUUCGGACGGAGCUGUUGUGCGACGUCUUUAGGGGAGUGCGAUGCGGUGGCGGCCCUCUCGUUUGAGUAGUGGAGGUCGUCUGAGCUACGGCGGCGGGGACUUGUGUGUGUGUGGCGAACAAAGCAUCUUCUCGUCUUCUAUGUGUCAGAUUCGCUUCUUGUCCGCUCCUUCUGGCGCGCGCAUGAGAGCAGACGAUCGGCAUAAUCCAGAUUCAGUUCAGAUGCUGUUGCACGAGUGUUUUUGUAUACGGUUCCAGCGGCAAAAUACAUACAGAUCACGGUUUACAAAUACCUGGGUGCAGCCAGGCAUGCUCCGCCAGACUCAGCUCCAGAGCCGGUUGAUGCACCUGAACUAAAGUCACAACCUCGAGGGCUUGUCUUUGAUGUCACUCACCAUGGCGCUGUAGACGACGGAGAUACAGAGAGUGGCUCGGGAUUCUUAGCAGCAUGGAAGGCUGCUUGUGAUCAUGGUGAGAGAGCGACUUUCUAUGUACCGGAAGGUAAAUACCAUGUCGGUCCAGUUGAAUUCUCCGGCCCUUGCAAGAACAAUCAGUCUCCAAAGAUAGUGAUUAGAGGGAAUCUGAUCGCUCCUAGUAAACUCCAAUCGUUCCCGUCUAAAACUUGGAUUCAAUUCAGUCACUUGAACGGAUUCAGUAUAACCGGAGAACUUGACAGGACCAACUUUGAUGCACGAGGAGCGGUUGAAGCCUGGAAACAACACAGCUGCCAACACUCUUCCCGUUGCAAAACCUUAAUCCCAUCGCUGAAAUUCGAUCAUGUUUCACACGGGACGAUCAGAAAUAUUUCAUUGUCAAACGCCAAGGGGUUCCAUCUGGUAAUUCAUGAGAGCAGCAAUGUCAAUGUUCGCAAUGUCAUGGUUAGUUCUCCUGAAGAUAGCCCAAACACUGACGGAAUCCAUGUCAGUCAUUCUAGUAACAUCAACAUAUCGUCUUCCACGAUUGGAGUUGGUGACGAUUGUGUCUCCAUUAUAGCUGGUUCUGUCAAUGUCACUGUUUACGACGUCACUUGCAAUCCUGGCCAUGGAAUAAGUAUUGGUAGCUUGGGUAAGACCAAGAAUGAGGAAGAUGUAUCAGGGAUCAGUGUCAAGAAGUGCAAAAUAAAGAAAACAAAGAAUGGUAUCAGAAUAAAGACUUGGGCUGGAUCUACUUCAAGCAAUGCUUACAACAUGACAUUCGACGACGUUGAAAUGACCGAUGUCUCGAACCCCAUCAUUAUCGACCAAAAAUACUGUCCGAACAACAAAUGUGAUGCAUCAAAGCCUUCAAAAGUGAAGAUUAAGGAUGUUACCUUCAAGAAUGUGAGGGGAACAUACAAAUCCGACUAUGCAGUCAGUCUGUUGUGCAGUCCUAGUGUGCCUUGCGAGAAUGUCAAGCUUGUUGACAUCAAUCUGACCCCAACACAUGAAGAAGAUGAUGAAGAUUGGAGGGAAGGCAAUUUGAAUCUAAACGGUGCAAUUGAUGGCUUACAAGUGAUUAAUUCAAACUUCUGAAGUGGAACUGUGGAAGCAAGCAUAGGCACUUUUUCUUAGUGUUUUUAGUUUUUGCUCUCUUAAAGGCUUAAUGACUUUGUUUAGUUCAUAUAGAUAUUAGAUAUAUGUCGUUUAGUAUAAUAUAAAAAUUGUUAGUUCUCUUUUGCGGCAUUUGAGAUCUUGUUGAGAGUUGUUCUCUAAUUACUAAAUGUAAUGUUUUGAUUAAUUUUGUUAUUAUUCU